GUGUCAAAACUGUUCCAAAACUUUCAUCUUUGUGGCCAGCACCAGUAGUAUCAUUUUAGGACAUGAAAUUGCUCUCAUACAUCGACUUGUUUCUCCACUAUCCUAAACAUGCAAACGCUUCUAUCCUUAACCAAUUUACUCGCCAGCUAACAACCCUCUCUUCCUUCCUGCCAACUAAACCAACUAAUUUAAAUGUUCUAUGCACUAAAGGCCAACUGCAAAGGGCACUACUAGAAAUGGCAAUUCAAGGUCCUGAAAUUAAGUUUGAUGGGUACAAUAUGCUGCUAAACGAGUGUGUCAAUAAAAGGGCUGUUAGAGAAGGCCAAAGGGUACAUGCCCACAUGAUCAAAACAUGUUAUUUACCACCCGUGUAUUUAAGUACUAGGUUGAUUAUCUUAUACACGAAGUGUGAGUGUUUGGGUUGUGCAAGACAUGUGUUUGAUGAAAUGCGUGAGAGAAAUGUUGUUUCUUGGACUGCAAUGAUUUCGGGUUAUUCUCAAAGAGGGUUUGCAUCUGAGGCAUUGCAUCUUUUUGUACAGAUGUUAAGAUCAGAUACGGAGCCAAAUGAGUUCACUUUCGCUACUGUGCUCUCCUCUUGUACAGGUGUUUCAGGGUUUGAGCUGGGAAGGCAAAUUCAUUCUCACAUAUUCAAGAGAAACUAUGAAAACCAUAUAUUUGUUGGGAGCUCACUUCUUGACAUGUAUGCCAAGGCUGGUAGAAUCCAUGAAGCUCGAGGAGUUUUCGAAUGCUUGCCUGAAAGAGAUGUUGUCUCCUGUACUGCAAUAAUCUCAGGCUAUGCUCAAUUAGGCCUUGAUGAAGAGGCAUUAGAACUAUUCUGCCGGUUACAAAGGGAAGGAAUGAGUUCAAAUUAUGUUACCUAUGCCAGUUUGUUGACUGCACUGUCUGGGCUUGCUGCACUGGAUCAUGGCAAACAAGUUCACAGCCAUGUGCUCAGAUGUGAAUUGCCCUUUUAUGUAGUUCUCCAGAAUUCACUGAUUGAUAUGUACUCAAAAUGUGGAAACCUUAAUUACGCAAGAAAGAUCUUUAAUAACAUGCCUGUGAGAACUGUUAUUUCAUGGAAUGCAAUGCUUGUGGGGUAUAGUAAGCAUGGUAAGGGGAUAGAGGUGGUUAAACUUUUCAAAUUAAUGAGAGAAGAAAAUAAAGUCAAACCUGACAGUGUCACUUUUCUGGCUGUUCUAUCUGGCUGCAGCCAUGGAGGAUUGGAAGAUAAAGGGCUGGAAAUGUUUGAUGAGAUGAUGAAUGGGGGUGAUGAGAUAGAAGCAGGGAUUGAACAUUAUGGGUGUGUCAUUGACUUGCUUGGGCGUGCUGGCCGAGUAGAAGAGGCUUUUGCAUUGAUAAAAAAGAUGCCUUUUGAACCUACCGCUGCUAUUUGGGGUUCACUUUUAGGAGCUUGCAGAGUUCAUUCAAAUACUAAUAUUGGUGAAUUUGUAGGUUGCCGUCUUUUGGAAAUAGAGCCUGAAAAUGCUGGGAAUUAUGUCAUUCUCUCAAAUUUAUAUGCCUCUGCAGGGAGGUGGGAAGAUGUGAGAAAUGUAAGGGAAUUGAUGAUGGAGAAAGCUGUGAUAAAGGAGCCUGGAAGAAGCUGGAUUGAACUUGACCAAACCAUCCAUACCUUUUAUGCAAGUGAUCGGUCCCAUCCUAGGAGAGAAGAGGUAUUUUUGAAGGCAAGGGAAUUAUUGGUGAAAUUCAAGGAAUCUGGCUAUGUUCCUGACCAGAGUUGUGUUUUAUACGAUGUGGAUGAAGAGCAAAAGGAGAAAAUACUUCUAGGCCAUAGUGAGAAGCUGGCUUUGGCUUUUGGACUAAUUUCUACUUCUGAGGGAGUCCCGCUCCGAGUAAUAAAAAACCUCCGGAUUUGUGUUGAUUGUCACAAUUUUGCCAAAUUUGUAUCGAAGGUUUAUGGAAGACAAGUGUCUAUAAGGGAUAAAAACCGGUUCCACCAUGUUGCUGGGGGAAUUUGUUCUUGUGGCGACUAUUGGUGAGUUUUGAUGAUUUUUUAUAGGAUAUGUGUUGGUUUCUGCUGCUGGAGACUCUGGGAAGGUUAUUCAGUUGUAGUUUCUAGUGGGGAACAACCUUACUCAAAAAACAACCUCCGUAACACCGUCGCGGUUGUUUACCAGCUCUAUUUUAUUUGAUUCACCCAGCUAUCCAAGCCCAGAAAGAUCAGUUACAGGGAGGUGGACUGAUUAUGAGAUACAUCUGUCUAAAAGCUUCUGGUUAACCAGAUGCAUGAUGGCUUGCUUCACCAUCACAGGUAUUUUCCUUCCUGUUCAGAGUUGCAUUCAACUGCUUGAGAACUUCAGAUAUAAAGGACUGCACAGGCUUGAAGAAUUUAACACCUGACAUAGAGAUAUAAAGAUAAAGAAUCCCUUUUUAUAGCUGGUGGAGCAAUCAUUCAUAACCAGGUUUUAAAUUAGAGAAUGGAUGGUUCUUACCCAGAAUAGAUGAAAGUUGAUGGGAGGAUGUUCAUGUGCAAACAACACUUUCACCAUAGAAUACUUCUGAAUAAUUGCAGUUUGCUUUGUCCCUCACGCCUGCAUUUUGCACCAUCAUAUGGAUCCUACUUCUCUUAUCUGAUGUAGCACUCAUUUAAAUUUUCUUGUACUCAUUUUCAAUGUAACUAGUAUACAAAGAAUUGACUGUCCAUUAAA